UCUUUCCAAUAUUUGAUGCUUUCUCCUUCCUGGCACUUUGCUCCUGCAGCUUCAAAAGCCAAGAAGGAUCAGGAAGGUGGAGAAGAAAAGAAAUCUGUGCAAAAGAAAAAAGUGAAAGAGUUAAAGGUGUUGGAUUCAAAGUCAGCCCAGAAUCUCUCAAUCUUUUUGGGUUCCUUCCGCAUGCCCUAUCAAGAGAUUAAGAAUGUCAUCCUGGAGGUGAAUGAGGCUGUUCUGACUGAAUCUAUGAUCCAGAACCUCAUUAAGCAGAUGCCAGAGCCAGAGCAGUUAAAAAUGCUUUCCGAACUGAAGGACGAAUAUGAUGAUCUGGCUGAGUCAGAGCAGUUCGGCGUGGUGAUGGGCGCUGUGCCCCGCCUGCGGCCUCGCCUCAAUGCCAUCCUCUUCAAGCUGCAGUUCAGUGAGCAAGUGGAGAAUAUCAAGCCAGAGAUCGUUUCUGUCACUGCCGCAUGUGAGGAGUUGCGAAAGAGCGAGAACUUCUCUAGCCUCCUGGAGAUUACCUUGCUUGUUGGAAACUAUAUGAAUGCUGGUUCCAGGAAUGCUGGUGCUUUUGGCUUCAGUAUCAGCUUCCUCUGUAAGCUUCGAGACACCAAGUCCACAGAUCAGAAGAUGACGUUGUUGCACUUCUUGGCUGAGUUGUGUGAGAAUAACUAUCCCGAGGUCCUCAAGUUUCCAGAUGAGCUUGCCCACGUGGAGAAAGCCAGCCGAGUCUCUGCUGAAAACUUGCAAAAGAACCUAGAUCAGAUGAAGAAACAAAUUUCUGAUGUGGAACGUGAUGUUCAGAAUUUUCCAGCUGCCACAGAUGAGAAAGACAAGUUCGUUGAAAAAAUGACCAGCUUUGUGAAGGAUGCACAGGAACAGUAUAACAAGCUGCGGAUGAUGCACUCGAACAUGGAGACGCUCUAUAAGGAGCUGGGCGAGUACUUCCUCUUUGACCCCAAGAAGGUGUCUGUGGAAGAAUUCUUCAUGGAUCUGCACAACUUUAAGAAUAUGUUUGUGCAAGCAGUCAAGGAGAACCAGAAGCGGCGGGAGACAGAGGAGAAGAUGCGGCGAGCAAAACUGGCCAAGGAGAAGGCAGAGAAGGAGCGGCUGGAGAAGCAGCAGAAGAGAGAGCAACUCAUAGACAUGAAUGCUGAGGGCGAUGAGACAGGUGUGAUGGACAGUCUUCUGGAAGCCCUGCAGUCAGGCGCAGCAUUCCGGCGGAAGAGAGGACCCCGUCAGGGCAACAGGAAGGUCGGGUGUGCAGCCAUAUCUCAGCUAGAAUCAGUGCUGACCAGGGACGAUGCCAUGACCUGUGUUCCUGCCAAGAUGUCCAAGAAGAGCGAGGAAGUCCCCACCAUCCUUGAGGAGGCCAAGGAGUUGCUCGGCCGUGCAAGCUAAGCCAGGUCCUGGGGCCAUGGCAGCUCCUCAGUGGAGCUCCAGACUGUCCCUGCCCUGCGGCUUGUGCCUGAAGGGUCACAGAGAUAUUCCUCUGCGGUGGCCACUCCCAUCACCUUGACCCCAUCUUUGUCUCCAGCCUGCUGCUCUCUGUACAUCACACACAGCUUCAGCUGCCUGGAGGCCAGAAGGAAAGGGCAGUGUGGGGAGGCCUGAGGCCAACCCGGCCAGCCCUGGCUCUCGUAUUACCAAAGCAGGCUCUGUGUUUGCUGCCUUAACCCCAAGUGUCUCCUCCGUUCUCCGUGGCCUCAUCUCAGACGAGGCCCCACCUGCUUUCUCAGCCCCUACCUUUCCCGUGGGCUUUUGCCUAGGUCAGUCUUGCUGGGUUUGUGCUUUUCUUUUGUGUUUUCUCUGGCCCUGAGAACAGCAUGGGCUGAUGAACCUUUGGACUCUGUCCCUCCUUUCAUUGCUGUCACCACCACCCCGCUCUUCCUGCCCCUGGCUCUUGUUGUUUAUUACUAGGGGUGUGGCAUUGGGAGCUGCUUCCAAGGAAGUAGGGAGCAAAUCCCCCUUAUCCCACUUUUUGGGAAAGGCCUCCCAAAACAAAAAGAACCUGGACCACUUUUAUCUGUUCUACUGUGGCCUAGGCCAGAGCCUAGGGCGGGCAGGCAUGGCACAGGUGGGACCUGCCCCCAGCCUGCUGCCGUGCUCUGUGCCCUUGCCUCUCUGGACCCUCUGCACCAGCCCUAGGCUACUGAGCCACAGGCCCUCCUCACGCCCUCCCUAGAGCUUUGGUGCAUCUCAUCCAACACCUUAUCCUCUGUCUCCAAGGAAAUGGGAGGUGGAGCCUCCUGGCUGAGAAAUUGUUUUGCAAAAGGAUCUAUUUUUAUAUGAAUUUUUUUUUUUUUUUUUUUUUUAAGAAAAAUAACUCUUCCUUCCUCCUUUCCCCUCCAUAAUGUAAGAGGCUUUGAUGGCAGGUUCCAGAGUCCCUGGGAUUUCUCCCCACAAGCCUCAAUUCUGAACAAGCCCCUGGACCUCCACCUCAGCCCUCAAGCCUCUGGGCCCUUGAGGCCAGUGAAGACUCUCUCCCCCAGCAUCUGACUCCGGGGCAAGGGGAAGCUCUUCUCUUGUUGAGCUGGACCAGGCCUAAGAGUAGUGGGAGCUCUGAAACGACAGAGUUUUUAUAAAUUUAAUAUAUUUAUCAAGCCAAAUGUGCAAAUGCUAACUGGCCAUUCUGGAGCAGUGUGCACAGGCUGUGCCCCACCCUGCUCUCUUCUCUGCAGUGGGCAGGCCAGACUCUUUGGCGCUCCCAGCCACAGGAAGCUCAGAUUCUCCGGUCAAGGUGACACUUUGCCCUCCUGUGCUCCUUUCAGCUUCCCACCCGUGGGAGAGAGAAUGGCACUGGUAGGGCCUGGCGCAAAAGUAUAGUUAUUAGAGCAAGGGGGAGCUUAGGAGACCUAAGGGCGCCUGCAGGGAGGCCUUGAGGCCCGGAAGGAGGGUUCUGGUUGGUAGAGCCUGUGUGUGAAGGGGCAACAGCAGCUCCUUUGAGCUAAUUCUGGGAGGACCGUGGUGCAGGGGCCUGCUGCUCCCCUAGGUCCCCUCCUCCCUGCUGACAUCUGGGGCUUUGACCCUUUCUUUUUUAAUCUACUUUUGCUAAGAUGCAUUUAAUAAUAAUAAUAAUAAAAAAGGGACAAAAUGCAAACCUGUUCCCCUCACCUCUUGGGCUUCUGGGAUGUCAUCACCUCCAGUUUGUUGGGUUUGUUUCCAACUGUUAAUAAAGCAUUGAAACAGUA